UAAUUCAGCGUGUUUCCUCCCGGGCGACAGUAAACGUGUCUGAUCUGAAUGAGCGCAGCAGAAAACUGCCCUGAAAACUUUUCAAACGUUGCACAAGCUCUUCUUAUCUCGGGGCUACGGCUUUUCCCCGCGGAUCUGCUGCGACCAGACGGGGAUCUCGGUCCUGACACAGCCUCAUAAAUCAGCUCAGAUGGACCCCCGUUCUCAGUCACUCAGGGUCUGAAUUCACCCGAGUUCCCCCUGCAGCCCCGGACCGUCCGCAGCUCCUCGGCGCACACUGGGCUGCUGACUCUGCACUAGGAAAUCACCAGGGAAGUGUAAAGAAGGCGUUUUCACCCCCCUCUCUCUUCCCUCUUCCCCGUUUUUCAUCAAGGUAGGACAAGCAGCAACAGCCCAGCUCCUGCUUGUCUGUGAUUCCAGCUUGAUUUCUUCACUUUGCGGGUUUGAACAGACGCAAGGCGCAGCGCUCCGCUCCGGGACACCGACGGGUAUCCAACCGACGUGCAAAGCAGCCGCGACUCCUGCGAUCCUGCUGGAUUAAAAAUCUAAAUCAAAAAAGCCCCCAAAGAGUGACUGUAUUCUUCAGGUGAAUAAACCCUGCCAGAAACAUCGAGGCAGAGUUGGUGAAAGAGAAGAACCGAAGCGCCGUUCCUGAUUUCAGAAGCGACUGGAAGAGGGAGAAAGUUCCCCCACUUGAGGGCGAAAUCUGACUUUUUUCAGGACAAGUCUCCAAACGUCCCAGGAGCCCCGAGGUCUGUCAGACACAACAUGCAGCAAUGUCCGAGGAGGCAGAGUUGGAUGUGAGAAGCAGCGAGUGCGACCCAGUCCCAGCAGAGCCCAGCAGAGACCCGGAGUCGCCCAGGCCGCCCCCUCCUCCUCCUCCUCCUCCUCCGGCUCAGGUUAACCAACCCAGCGGCGGUGUGAGCAUCCCGUCCAGCAGCCGGACUCACCCCAGCCUCAGCAGCGGUGGUGGUGGUGGUGGUGUUGGUGGUCAGGGUGGUGUUAGCAUUGUUAGCAGUGCUGAGGGAGCAGGCAGCUCCAUGCAGUUCAGCACCAGACCGCCUAGCGCCGAGCAGCCGGGCUUCAUGGGGACAUGGCAGCAGCAGAGCACUGACAGCAACCUCCUCUACAGAAUGUCCCAGCAGGGUGCAGUAACGCGGCUUCCUUUGAAGGGCGACAGGUCGACAAUGGGCCGAGACCUGGAAGAGGCCAUUCGGUGCACACUGGUGAACUGCACAUGCGAGUGUUUCCAGCCUGGAAAGAUUCACCUACGGACAUGUGACCAGUGCAAGCACGGCUGGGUAGCUCAUGCCCUGGACAAGCUCAGCACCCAGCACCUGUACCACCCGACCCAGGUGGAGAUCGUCCAGUCCAACGUGGUGUUUGACAUCAGCAGCCUGAUGCUGUACGGCACCCAGGCGGUUCCGGUCAGGCUCAAGAUCCUGCUGGACCGCCUGUUCUCCGUGCUCAAGCAGGAGGAGGUUCUGCACAUCCUGCACGGCCUGGGCUGGACCCUCAGAGACUACGUCAGGGGCUACAUACUGCAGGAUGCUGCAGGCAAGGUUUUGGACCGCUGGACCAUCAUGUCCCGUGAAGAAGAGAUCAUCACCCUGCAGCAGUUUCUGCGCUUUGGUGAGACCAAGUCCAUCGUGGAGCUGAUGGCUAUUCAGGAGAAAGAAGGUCAGGCGGUCACAGUUCCCUCGUCAAAGACAGACUCUGGGAUUAGGACGUUCAUCGAAAGUAAUAACAGAACCCGCAGCCCAGGGCUCUUGACUCAUCUGGAGAACAGUAGCCCUUCCAGCAUUCAUCACUUUGAGAAUAUCCCCAACAGCUUAGCCUUCCUCUUACCGUUCCAGUAUAUCAACCCGGUCUCUGCCCCCAUGCUCGGCUUGCCCCCUAAUGGCCUCCCAAUGGAGCAGUCUGCCCUUCGGCUUCGGGAGCCCAGCCUCCCAAACCAAGGAGAGCAGGUGGAGACCAGCGAGUCAGAGGUGUCCCUAUCGCCCUUUCGCACAGGUCAGAGCCCGAGUCGCGGAGUACUGGGACCCAUCAACUGCACUGAACCCAAGACAGAACCCAACAACUGUGCAUCGCCCAUCUCCCCGACCCCGUCCACCCAGCAAGCUCAGCAGCAGUCGUCCCUUCAGCAGCAGCAACCGCAGCAGGGCCAACAGCAGACCCAAAGCCAGUCUCAGCAACACAACAGUCUGGGCGACCAUCAGGUGCAUCACCACUUCGUCAAGGAUGAGCCUUCGAAGUCGAUCAGCCAUCCUUCGUUCUCCUCCAAGAUGCAUCGCAUACGCCGCAUGGGAGCCACCUCACGCAAAGGUCGCGUGUGCUGCAACGCGUGUGGAAAGACCUUUUAUGACAAAGGCACACUUAAGAUACACUAUAAUGCCGUACACUUGAAGAUUAAACACCGCUGCACCAUCGAGGGAUGCAACAUGGUCUUCAGCUCCCUGCGCAGCCGCAAUCGCCACAGUGCCAAUCCCAACCCACGGUUGCACAUGCCCAUGCUGCGCAACAACCGCGACAAGGACCUUAUCCGUGCCAAUUCCACCACAGGUACACCUGUCAUCUCGAGCAGCAAGAACGGCGGCUUCACACUCACUAGUCCCGGAAGGCCACCGCUAGGUUUUACAACUCCCCCAGUAGACCCGAUGCUUCAGUCCCCGCUGCAGAGUCCCCUGGUGUUCCCUUCACUGAAAUCAGUGCAGCCAGUCCAACCAGUGCCCCCGUUCUACCGAACACUCGUGUCUCCAGCAGACCUCGUCAGCCCUCCAGUGUCAUUGCCAACUAGCCCCAUCAUGCCCACUACUACCAACAGCACCACCCUGAUGGACCAGCAGCAGCAGAUCCUGGCUGCUGUUGUCUCACACAACAAUGUUCACGUGUCAGAAGCAAGUCCAAUGUCCCACCGGCUGUCCACUGGUGGCAGUCAGGACCUACCCACAAGCAGUGACCCCACACCCAAGAAGAAACCUCGUAAAUCGAGCAUGCCAGUUAAGAUUGAGAAGGAAGUGAUUGACGUGGCAGAUGACUUUGAGGAUAAAGAUGAGGACGACGACGACACUAUCCACCAUAAUCACCAGGCAAGUCUUCUUCACAACAAUAUUAAAAUCAACGGCAACUGCAACAGCAACAACAAUGGCGCAAGUGGCACUGGCCACCACAGCGGCGGCAGUGGCCAGCAGUCGCCCUCCCAGGAUGAGAUGAGCCCUGGCCUGGCCCUUAGAGGGAUGAUGAGGCAAAGCGAGGAUGAAUGUAGGGAAGGGACUGGCAGCGACAGCAGAGGCGGCGCUUCAGAGUUGCGUUGUAUGGACAGCUUUACCUCAGAAGAUCAGGACCAUGAGAGAGACUUUGAAAAUGAGUCUGAAACCUCAGACUCCAAGAUGUUCUACCGCGAUGACCUGAUGGACGGAGAGGAACAUCAAAAGCAUGGCAGAGGAGGAAGAGGCCUGGACAAGGAGCAUGAAAACGAGGCCCACGAGGAUGAACACUUGAGAAAAGACAUCGAGGGAAACGGUCAUUCCUCACCGUCUCCUCUUGGGCCUCCGAUCAAGAUCAAAGAAGAGCUCAAUGAUCCGACUUACGACAUGUUUUGCAUGAGUCAGUACGGCCUCUACAACGGGGGCAUGGCAGCAGCAGCUGCCGCCGCUGCUAGCAUGGCCGCUCUGCACGAGAGCUUCAUUUCCUCCAUGGGGUACGGCGCAAGUCCACCCAAAUUCCCCAUGUCUCAGUCGCCCGAAGGAGACCCGUGCUCCAGCCCUGAUCCCAAGAUCUGCUACGUCUGUAAGAAGAGCUUCAAGAGCUCCUAUAGCAUGAAACUGCACUACAAGAACGUGCACCUGAAAGAGAUGCAUGUGUGCACGGUGGCUGGCUGCAAUGCUGCUUUCCCCUCCCGACGGAGCAGAGACAGGCACAGCUCGAACAUCAACCUGCACCGCAAACUGCUGACCAAAGAGCUGGACGACAUUGUCCUCGACCCUCAACUCACGCCACUGCCCAAGGACCUGCGAGCCGAGUUUCUGGCCAAGCUCUACGCCGGGCACCACAUGGGUUUGGACCCGAUGGCCAGGAUGGGCUUCCGGGGCGCCGCCCUCGGCCUCCCUGGCCUGACCCAUAACCCCCUCUCCCACAUGAGCAACGAAUACCCCCGCCAUCCCUUCAACCACGACCUUAGAAACCACCACACCAACGGCCUGUUCCGGGGCCAGCCGGACGACUACAUGGUGCUGGACCUGAGCACCACCUCCAGUGUUCAGUCCAGCAGCAGCAUCCACUCCUCACACGAGUCUGAAGACGGCAGCGACGAAGGCAUCCUCCUGGAUGACCUGGAAGAGGAUGAGGAGGAGGGCAACAGCGAGGGAGAGGACCUCUCCCGGCGGGCAGAAGGCGGACAUCAGGACGAGACCGCAGAACUCAGAGGACAAGAUGAGGGGCUGGACUCUUCCUCGUCGCCGUUCCUUCUUUCGUCCACAGGGGGCAGUAAUGGCAGCAGCGGUGGGAUCCUCUGUAACAUCUGCCACAAGGUAUACAGCAACAAAGGGACCCUGCGCGUGCACUACAAGACUGUGCACCUGCGCGAGAUGCACAAGUGCAAAAUCUCCGGCUGCAACAUGGUGUUCAGCUCCGUGCGCAGCCGCAACCGACACUCUCAGAACCCCAACCUCCAUAAAAACAUGCCCUUCUCUACAAUUCUAGACUAAAUCACGUCCCUCCUGUCUCCUCUGCUCCUUCAUUCCUCCUCCAUCAAAUACAAGCUGUAAGUCCCGUCCUUUGUAAGUCACUGCAAGACAUUACUCUCCAUGUAUAAAAUGAUUGACUCUAGAUGAAGUUCAUCGUUGUGUCCUUUGACUUUUCCUUCUUUGGAAGAACAGGAUGACGCCAGUCGGCACGGAGUUUACUUUAUAGCAAAGCUCCAGGUGAUUUUACUCAUUAGCCCCUCCAUCUUUUUUUGUUUCAAUCUUUUACUCUUUGUGUUUACGUCCACGUCCAAAGAAUCUGUUCAAACUCUUUAUUUGUGACUUUGCCUGCGGAAACAGUAGUACUGAGAAAAAAAGAGAAAAACUUCUUGUUGUAUUUGUGUAUCGAUAACUUUUAAAUGGACCCCUUACAAAGCAUGACAGCUCCAUUUGUAAAUAACGUCCCAAGAGGCUUUUUUGGUGUAAGAGUUGUGUUGAUGGUUGUUUGCUUCCUUUUCCUCUCUUUUUAUUGGAUUUAUGUUACAGUAUAGUACGAUAGUUCCAUCUAUAGGCAAGAAAGAGGUAGCAUCCUUGACUCAUUUACGUUGGUUUGAAUCUGAUUCAUGGGGAAAAAAACAAGAUCACGUGAAAGGUUUUAACUGCUUGUUAGAUAUUCAGAGGUUGCCAGCAUGCUUCUUUUAGGCUCUUACACUGAUAUCAUUCUGUUUUUUUAUUUCUUUUCUGUUUUUGCACUUUGCAUCUAUACAAGGGGAAAUGUGUAAUAAUUAAUGAGGAUUUCUGCAAUGGUGAAUUAAAGGGGGGGUCCACGGUGGCUUCGUUGCUGAUCGAAGCAAUAGUACCUUCAAACGUUUUCUUUCUGCAUGCGCUCAGUUUCGAAGCCUCUGAAAAAAACCUGAAAUGUUUCCCAAAUGACAUAGUCAAAGUAAACCCAGAUUAAGGCCUAGUCCACACGUACUUCAGGGAAAAUAAAUUACCUUUCAUCCACACAAAAACUCAGUUUUAUCAUCACUAAAAAUUAUUUAUGAAAACUCCAACCAAACUGGAGCUUUGAGGAAACUCUGUAUCAGUGAAUCACCGAAUUCUGCGGCACAUCUAAAUGUUAAGGUUGACAUAGUCAAGCUAGCAUAGCUGACCUACGUCCUUCUCUAACCUUUGCUAACUUGUGAAAUGUGAUGCACUCGGAUCUUGUCUUGUCCCUUUUUCUCUUAUAUAUCAGUCACACGUUUAAGAUUUAGCGCAUUGUGUUGGCAACUUGACAGCUAAAUCCAACGAUAGUCAUACGUGUAUUUGUCCACCAAACAAGCCUGCAGGCGCCAUGUUUAACUCCUAACAGGAAGUCAUGGUUGUUUUGAAGCGAUCUGAAUGGCUGAUGUAGGUUUGAGCUUUGCGCUGUACUGCCCCCUAUGGGUUUGGCGUGUUUAAAACAACAAUCAGGGCCGUUUUUGUUUGGGUUUAUGUGGAUGAAAACAUUUCUGAAAACCAUCCCAUGCAUACAAUAUUUGUUUUUAGAAGUACCCAGAUAUGUGUGUGCAAGGCCUAAAUCUAUAUUCUAAAGAAAAAAAGGUGAAUACGAUGUGUUUGUAUUUUAAGAAAUAAUUUGUGUUUUCACAAACAUCAGCAGAUUUAAAUGAAAGAAUAAUCUUCCAAUGAGACCAAAAUGCAUGAGUUUGCUUAAGAAAAAGCUCUUUCAGCAAGACAUUGUCUUUAAAAUCACGCACCAUUUAACCAAUACGAUGCACUUGAGUCUUAAAACGUUAACUGUGAUUUUUUUUGUUUUGUUUUUUCCACCGCUGAGCCCCACCUUCACAUAUAUUCUGCAAAUGUUGUUUUCCUUCUUUUGGUUGCAAAGAGUCCCUCACGGUACACAUAUUUUAAUUAAUUGGAGAAAGCAGCCAAAGGAAAGGGUAUUUAUUAGUGGGUGAUGUAUGUUGUCUAGUAAAAGUUUUUUUUUUUUGUAAAAACAUCUGUUACUCUGUAAGGAGAUCUACUCUUACUCGACUGGUGCUAACACACAGUGGUGAGAAAUGAGCGUUGUGCUGUACAGUAUUAACAUCACCUUACAUUCACA